AUCCCCUCCCAACCUCCCCAGCCAAGCCUCGGCGAGCCAGUCCGGAAUGACCCCGCUAUGGCCAAGCUGUGGUUCAAAUUCCAGCGGUACUUCCGCAGGAAACCCGUCCGCUUCUUCACCUUCUUGGCACUCUACCUGACCGCUGGGAGCCUUGUCCUCCUGCACUCUGGCUUUGUGGGCCAGCCGGCGGUCUCCGAGAACCAGGCCAACCCCGUCGCAGGAGGCCCGGUGGAGGGUGCCGAGCUGCCCUUCUUGGGCGACAUGCACCUGGGCAGAGGCUUCCGGGACGCAGGCGAGGCUGCGAGCAUCGCCCGCAGGUACGGGCCCUGGCUCAAGGGCAAAGACGGGAGCGAGAGAGCCAAGCUGGGUGACUACGGUGGAGCCUGGAGCCGGGCCCUCAAGGGGAGGGUCGUCCGCGAGAAGGAGGAAGAGCGAGCCAAGUACAUUGACUGCUACCUGGAUGACACACAGAGCCGGGCCCUUCGAGGAGUGUCCUUUUUCGACUACAAAAAGAUGACCAUCUUCCGUUGCCAGGACAACUGCGCUGAACGGGGUUACCUGUAUGCCGGGCUGGAGUUCGGUGCCGAGUGCUACUGCAGCCACAAGAUCCAGGCAGCAAACGUGAGUGAGGCGGAGUUCGACAUGGAGUGCAAGGGCGAACAGGGCAGCACGUGCGGCGGCGCCAACCGCCUCUCCAUCUACUGGCUGCAGCUGGCCCAGGAGUCGGCCCGCAGGUAUGGAAGUGCAGUGUUCCGAGGCUGCUUCCGCAGGCCAGACAACCUCUCCCUGGCCUUGCCUGUGACGGCCGCCAUGCUGAACAUGUUUGUGGACAAGUGCGUGGAUCUCUGCACAGAGAAGGAGUACCCGCUGGCGGCUCUCGCGGGCACCGCCUGCCACUGUGGGUUUCCCACCACCCGGUUCCCCCUCCAUGACAGAGAGGACGAGCAGCUCUGUGCCCAGAAGUGCAGCGCGGAGGAGUUUGAGAGCUGUGGGACUCCUAGUUACUUCAUUGUGUACCAGACACAGGUCCAAGACAACCGCUGCAUGGACAGACGAUUCCUUCCAGGCAAGUCCAAGCAGCUCAUCGCUCUGGCCAGCUUCCCGGGUGCCGGCAACACGUGGGCCCGCCACCUCAUCGAGCUGGCUACCGGCUUCUACACUGGCAGCUACUACUUUGACGGCUCACUCUACAACAAAGGGUUCAAAGGCGAGCGGGACCACUGGCGCAGCGGGCGGACCAUCUGCAUCAAGACGCACGAGAGCGGCCAGAAGGAGAUCGAGGCCUUCGACGCCGCCAUCCUGCUCAUCCGCAACCCCUACAAGGCCCUCAUGGCGGAGUUCAACCGCAAGUACGGCGGCCACAUUGGCUUCGCGGCGAACGCCCACUGGGGAGGCCAAGAGUGGCCGGAGUUCGUGAGAAACUACGCCCCGUGGUGGGCCACUCACACGUUGGACUGGCUCAGGUUCGGCAAGAAGGUGCUAGUGGUGCACUUUGAGGACUUGAAGCAAGACCUGUUUGUGCAGCUGGGCCGAAUGGUUGGCCUGCUGGGCGUGGCCGUCAGGGAGGACCGGCUGCUCUGUGUGGAGAGCCAGAAGGAUGGCAACUUCAAGCGCUCGGGCCUGCGGAAGCUGGAAUACAACCCCUACACGGCCGACAUGCAGAAGACCAUCUCCACCUACAUCAAGAUGGUGGAUGCAGCCCUCCGGGGGAGAAACCUCACGGGCGUCCCCGAUGACUACUAUCCAAGAUGAUGCUCCAGCACGGGGGUGGGGGGUGUGCUAGGAGUCCUGCCCAAGCAAGCCCUGGGGACCCGAGAGCCCCAGGGACCCCCCCCACAGUGAUCUGGCCUCUCUUUAGUGUGGGGACAGUCCCCUUGGCUGCAGUUUGCCUUAGUGAGUUUCCUGCAUGACAAAGGAGGCUCAGGGACCAUCCUACUCACAUGCUUCCCUUGGAGAGGUGGGGCAGUUGGUUGGGGGGGGCGUCCGGUUGUGUGGACCCUUUUCUGUCCUCUGUGUCCCUGUUCCCGCCACUCUCGGUUCCACUUGUGGGAGGGAGGGCUCGUUGUUAUCACGGACACAUGCUGGACUCCCCACGGCAGGCAUUGAGGACCUUGAUAUACAAGCUGGAGGGCCUUGUAUAAACAUCCUUUCUGGACCGAG